GAAAAAAGUGCAACGGGCACACUCGACCAACAAAAAAACCAACUUUGCAAAAACGAAAACAAUUGUUUAAUCCAAUUAACUAAGUACGACCACCGCCAGUUGACUGGGUGACUGCUGCUGGAAAUUUCGCCGUAGCUGCUUUGGAUAUCCUAUAAACACGCAGGUGCCUUUAUAAAUAGUUACCGGUUAAUGAGAAGCUCCCUCAGGUAAAGCAUUUAAUUAAGCUUAAAGGCUAGGACUUUGAGCUGGCAGUCUUGGAAAACAUAAAUUCAACACUACUUAAUAGCGAAUAUUUAAAGUCAAGGCCACAGCAGCAAAAACAAAAACAAGAAAAACAGCUGGCAUAAAACGCAUUUGCAGUUGUGUUGUUUGGCCUUAGAAAAGAUGCAACUUAGUGGGUAGGGAGGUCUCUGUUCUGUUACAUUUGCUGCUUCCCGAAUCCGUGAAUCUUCCUCAGUCAUGUGCUGCAGCUGCUGCGGGGAAACUCAACGCAAGGCCUGGGUCUUUGGCCUGGGUUCGCUCUUCCUGGUCCUGGGAAUUCUCACCGUGAUCUUUUGGCCCAAUUUGGCCGACAGUCUAGUCGAGGAUGGCCUCAAGCUGAAGCCUGGCACCGACACCUACGACAGUUGGCUGGAGGCGCCCAUACCCAUUUACCUGAGCUUCUACAUGUUCAACUGGACGAAUCCGGAGGAGAUUAGGAAUCCGAACGUCAAGCCCAACUUUGUGGAAAUGGGACCGUACACCUUCUUGGAGAAGCACAAGAAGGAGAACUACACGUUCUUUGAGAAUGCCACAGUGGCGUAUUACGAGCGUCGCACCUGGUUCUUUGAUCCAGAGCGUUCCAAUGGCACUCUGGACGACCUGGUGACGGCUGCCCAUGCCAUCACCGCCACCGUGGCGGAUGAGAUGCGUAAUCAGCGUAAGAUUGUGAAGAAAAUCAUCAACUUUAUGCUGAACCACGAGGGCGGCGAGCUGUACACCACAAAGCCAGUGGGAGAGUGGAUUUUCGAUGGCUAUCAGGAUAAUCUUACGGAUUUCCUGAAUCUCUUCAACACCUCCGCAAUUGACAUUCCAUACACGAGGUUUGGCUGGCUGGCGGAUCGCAAUGAAUCGCUGACCUAUGACGGUCUGUUCACCAUUCACACGGGCACCGAUGACAUUUCCAAUUUGGGACGACUCACCCACUGGAAUAGCAAACCGGAGACGGGCUUCUACGAGAUGCCCUGCGGCGUGGUUAAUGGCACCACCGGUGACCUCUUUCCGCCCAAGAUGAAUGUAAAGGAUGAGAUUACGAUAUUUGCCACCGAUGCCUGUCGUUUUAUGAACCUAAGGCCGCAGGGCACUUAUGAGAAUCAUGGACUGACCGCCACCAAAUGGGUGGGCACUGAGGAGACCCUGGACUCGGGGGAGAAUUAUCCCAAUCAGGCUUGCUUCUGCGAUCCUGUGAGGUUUGAUGAGUGCCCGAAAACGGGAGUGGUGGAGUGCAAGGCCUGCCGGGAUAAGGCUCCUAUAUACUCCUCUUUCCCGCACUUUUAUCUUGCCGAUCAGUCGUACAUUGAUGCGGUGAGCGGCAUGAAGCCGGAGAAGGACAAGCACGAGUUCUUCUUGGCGGUGGAGCCCACGACGGGAGUGCCUGUCCAGGUGCACGGUCGCAUUCAGAUUAAUAUGAUGAUUGAGCCAGAUGAUGAUUUUGACAUUUACCGCGGUGUGCCCAAGGUUUUGAUGCCCAUGUUCUGGUUCGAUCAGUAUGCAGAGCUCUCCUCCGAUCUGGCUUCCAAGGCCAAGUUGGCCAUCAACCUGGAAAGCUAUGGCCUUAUCUUUGGUUACUGCUUGAUAGGCUUUGCCAGCGUUUUUCUCGUCACUGGCGUAGUCCUGACGCUGACCAAGCGUUGGGUGCGACGAGCUGCCGACGACGAGGACAUGCUGGCCACCAAUUGAAGGGUGUCCUAGGUGUAGAUUUUAAGCAUAGCCCAAAGUGCCAGGACAAGUUUAACACUCCUAGUUCCAUUCUAUAUAGUCGCGCUGAGAUUGUUAUUCGUUUCGUUACGCGUUAUGUAAUAUGUAAGUGAUGCUUGCAUUUUGUGAUAGCAAAAACCCUAAUCCCCAUUCCCCUGUAAUCUAUAAUUGAGAAUUACUUAAUGUCAUUAAAACACACACACUCUUUA